GCGGCCACUGAGCCCGCGCGGAUGUGAGAUUCCGGGCUCCUGGAGCCUCUCCAUUGCCGACUGUGGCGCGGCGCUGUUUCGCCCAAGAGGCGGCGGCCAGGCUAGCUGUGAGGCUUGUGGAUUUUUAAAAAAUUGGCUCCGAGGCGGACCAUUUCCUCUCGACAUGCAUCCCUCCGGAUAGACUGAACAUCCCUCGGUCCAUCCCCCGCCCCGCGCGGUCAGAGGCGGGCGCUGGGUGUGUGAAGAGGAUCCGGGUUGAAAUCUGCGCCCCGGGUUCUCGUCCCCGCCCCACCGCCCCCUCGCCCUCCCGGAGUCAAAAUUUCCCGGGGAUUAUGUUUCGGAAAGGUAGGUAAGCGCCGGACGCGGCGCCCGCUUCACGCAGCCGGGACCCGGAGAGCCAGCGAGGCGGCGAGACAGUCCCCGUGGCUGGCAGCGGAGCCGACAGCUCCUCUCUUCUUCUGGAGGUGCUGCUGGUGGUAGGGGGGGAGAGACUUGCUCCAAACACGAACGUCCCCCAGCUCUCCCCCCCUCCCUGUUUUCCGUUAGGAACCCGGCGAGGAAAUACAUGCACUCACUGAGAAUCGCCCGCGCCAGGGCGCAACGCUACAAGGUGUAGGCAGAGUGCGGGGUGGGGCGAGAGGGGACUCAGGAGUCCCCGUGGCUCGGAGCACCCGGGCGUCGGUUCUUCAUCCUGCCCUAGGGGCGGACGGAGUGACCCCGGCCCCCACUCUCUGUCCCGACCAUGGUAGUGUUCAAUGGCCUUCUUAAGAUCAAAAUCUGCGAGGCCGUGAGCUUGAAGCCCACAGCCUGGUCGCUGCGCCAUGCAGUGGGACUCCGGCCACAGACUUUCCUUCUGGACCCCUACAUUGCCCUCAACGUGGAUGAUUCGCGCAUUGGCCAAACGGCAACGAAGCAGAAGACCAACAGCCCGGCCUGGCACGACGAGUUCGUCACCGAUGUGUGCAACGGGCGCAAGAUCGAGCUGGCCGUCUUCCACGAUGCCCCCAUCGGCUACGACGACUUCGUGGCCAACUGCACCAUCCAGUUUGAGGAGCUACUGCAGAACGGGAGCCGCCACUUCGAGGACUGGAUUGAUCUGGAGCCAGAAGGCAGAGUGUAUGUGAUCAUCGAUCUUUCGGGGUCGUCGGGUGAAGCCCCUAAAGACAAUGAAGAGCGCGUGUUCCGGGAGCGCAUGCGGCCCAGGAAGCGGCAGGGGGCCGUCAGGCGCAGGGUCCAUCAGGUCAACGGCCACAAGUUCAUGGCCACCUACCUUCGGCAGCCUACCUACUGCUCCCACUGCAGAGAUUUUAUCUGGGGUGUCAUAGGAAAGCAGGGAUACCAGUGUCAAGUUUGCACUUGCGUGGUCCACAAGCGAUGCCAUGAGCUCAUAAUUACGAAGUGUGCUGGAUUAAAGAAACAGGAAACUCCUGACGAGGUGGGCUCCCAGCGGUUCAGCGUCAACAUGCCCCACAAGUUCAGUAUCCACAACUACAAGGUCCCCACAUUCUGUGACCACUGUGGGUCCCUGCUCUGGGGCCUCUUGCGGCAGGGUCUGCAGUGCAAAGUCUGCAAGAUGAAUGUUCACCGACGCUGUGAAACCAACGUGGCUCCCAACUGUGGGGUGGACGCCAGAGGAAUUGCCAAAGUCCUGGCUGACCUUGGUGUCACUCCAGACAAAAUCACCAACAGCGGCCAGAGGAGGAAAAAGCUCAUUGCUGGUGCUGAGUCCCCACAGCCUGCUUCUGGAAGCUCACCCACUGAGGAAGAUCGGUCCAAGUCAGCACCCACCUCCCCUUGUGACCAGGAAUUAAAAGAACUUGAAAACAACAUCCGGAAGGCCCUGUCAUUUGACAACCGAGGGGAGGAGCACAGGGCGGCAGCAUCCACAGAUGGCCAGCUGGCGAGCCCCGGCGAGAACGGCGAAGUCCGGCAAGGCCAGGCCAAGCGCUUGGGCCUGGAGGAGUUCAACUUCAUCAAAGUGUUGGGCAAAGGCAGCUUUGGCAAGGUCAUGUUGGCAGAGCUCAAAGGCAAAGAUGAAGUAUAUGCUGUGAAAGUCUUAAAGAAGGACGUCAUCCUUCAGGAUGAUGACGUGGACUGCACCAUGACAGAGAAGAGGAUUUUGGCUCUAGCACGGAAACACCCGUACCUAACCCAACUCUAUUGCUGCUUCCAAACCAAGGACCGCCUCUUUUUCGUCAUGGAGUAUGUAAAUGGUGGAGACCUCAUGUUCCAGAUUCAGCGCUCCCGAAAAUUCGACGAGCCUCGUUCCCGUUUCUAUGCUGCAGAGGUUACGUCAGCCCUCAUGUUCCUCCACCAACAUGGAGUCAUCUACAGGGAUUUGAAACUGGACAACAUCCUUCUGGAUGCAGAAGGUCACUGCAAGCUGGCCGACUUUGGGAUGUGCAAGGAAGGGAUUCUGAACGGCGUGACGACGACCACAUUCUGUGGGACUCCUGACUACAUUGCUCCCGAGAUCCUGCAGGAGUUGGAGUAUGGCCCCUCAGUGGACUGGUGGGCCCUGGGGGUACUGAUGUACGAGAUGAUGGCUGGGCAGCCCCCCUUUGAGGCCGACAACGAGGACGACCUGUUUGAGUCCAUCCUCCAUGAUGAUGUACUCUACCCCGUCUGGCUCAGCAAGGAGGCCGUCAGCAUCCUGAAAGCUUUCAUGACCAAGAACCCCCACAAGCGCCUGGGCUGUGUGGCAGCACAGAAUGGCGAGGACGCCAUCAAGCAGCACCCGUUCUUCAAGGAGAUCGACUGGGUGCUCUUGGAGCAGAAGAAAAUCAAGCCCCCCUUCAAACCUCGAAUUAAAACCAAAAGAGACGUCAAUAACUUUGACCAAGACUUUACCCGGGAAGAGCCAGUGCUCACGCUUGUGGAUGAGGCAAUUGUGAAGCAGAUCAACCAGGAGGAAUUCAAAGGCUUCUCCUACUUUGGGGAAGACCUGAUGCCCUGAGAGGUCCCUCCAGGUGGAGUUUGGUGAUGCUGCAAGAAGGGAUCCUGAGAAGGUUGCUGUUUUCCAGAGGCUCAGAGGGUCUUGAACUACUUUUCCUCCCCGGAGCCCCAAUCCCUGUCCACUCUAUUUAUUGCAUUCCCUUACCCCAGGCCAGCUCCUCCUUCCUUCCGCCUGGUGACCAGAAAGCACUCUUGGUUCUUGACUCACCACUGGAGCAGAAUCGGGUCGGGUCAGCAGCUGGCUGGACACGUUGCUGGGUUUGGUCUGGGCAAGCCUGUUUCCACUUCUCGGGGGCUCCUGGCAGUGAAGCAACUUCAGUUCUUUGACUGCGAAGGAAAAUUUAAAAAGCAAACAGGAAGACUCAGUCUCUGCUAUUGGACAUAGAGUUUCAACGACUCGUGCUUCUCGUCCGUCCAAUCCGUUCACCUGACGUCCCUCUGCCCUUCUGUCCAGAAGAGACCGUGCUUCUUCAGCAUGAGGGUGGGCACCCUCGAGGCGUGCCUAUGAAGGACAGAGACUGGGAGAUGCACAGGUUGGCUGCCUGUGUUGGUUUGUCUGGAAUGGCUAAUUCUUGCUUGCUCUGGGUUUGGCUUGGAGCAUGCCAAAGUUGUGGAAGCAUGUAUCUCGUGGAAGAAAUCACUCCUUGUAGAAAAAGAAAUUUGACUUUGGACUCUAUUAACAUUUGAAAAAUAUAUCCUCAAAUUUGCUAAUUGGCCAAGAGAUAUAAAUUCUAUUAUUAAUACAGAUCGAUAUUAAAGGGCUAAUAUGCAACAAGAAACCAAUUGUCCAUGAGUUAUGCUCCUAAUGCGUUAGCGGCAUGUAGGGGCUGGACGAAUUGAAAGGAAAGGAUACAAGUAGUUAUCCUCACUAUUAAAGUCUGGCUGAACACAAAGGUCUCCGCACUGAUGGCCAAGACCCUGGGGCACCAGCACAACUCGGCUCCCAAAUUCUCUUUCCAGUUUUGUCCUAAGUUCCCAGUAAAAACUCUAUUUAUUUUCUGCAGCAGUGUGUUAUUUUUGCGCACUUCUACAAAAUGGUAGUACUACUGUGUUGUGGUUUUUAAACAUUAAACAUGUAAAGUGGAAUAUGAAAUAUCUGCCUUUGGAACAAGCAGAAUGAGGUUAAACGUGGGUUCUGCAGAGGGUGUCAAGAGACUGAAAAGCACCUUGCUUGAAAACCGACAGUGUGGCAAGACAGGCUCAGAGGCUUGUUUCUGUGUGGCGUGUAAAAGCAACUCAUGUGGACACUAUUUCACAGAUGCGAUGUUACCUCCUGUAGAUACGCUGACAGUGUUACAUUCUUUGAUUCCCAAGGGUUCUCUGUGGCUUUGUGUAAAUGUUUCCCGGAGGUCAUUGGAUUAUCUAUUUUCCUGAACUGAUUCAGCAGGGAAUGGAAUCCAUUCCAACCGUUGCACGUGGAUUUCCCAGCUGUCCCUAAAUAUAUCUCCUUGUGAGUGGCAAAGUGGCACUAAUGAAGCUUUUUGCCUUUUGUACAUUUGAGAUUUUUGUAUAUAGUGUUUGCUGCAAGGCCUGUGGAAUUAAUUCAUUGAAUUUAGAGGUAUCAACUGCUGCAUGUUCAGGCAUAUUAUAAAACUUUAGUCUAUGAAAGAAUAAUUCUAAUAAUGUCCAGGUGCAAUACUCUGUAUGUGUAUUGGUUCAAGUUAUUGAGAGAUAAGGUGUGUUUAUUUCUUUGCGGGAGGGGGGGCUCCUUUGUAUUGUUUAUUGCAUUUUGGUUUGUUUUAAAAGAUGUAAACAUAUAUUAAGCUAUAUUAAAUCUCACAUAUAGUUCUCCUGUGCUCUAUUAUGCCCUGAUAGAGAUGGGGAAGGGAAAGGAAUGUUUUUUGAUGGUGGUGUCAAAGCUUGGAUAGUAACUCGCUCGAGCUCACAGGGAGUUGGUGUCCAUAUUUGCACCUGGCUGGUCAUAGCCUUUGUUACUAAUGGUGACAUUCAGUUCUCUCUUGUUUUUAUUUUUUAAAAACUCAGGUGUAAUUAUUAUCUGUUCUUAUGAUAAUUUCAAACAUUAUGCUAUAUCAAUUUGUGUGUUUGGCAUACCAGUGAAGUGAUGAAGAACAGUAGAUUAAUUUAAUUUAUCUUCGGUAACUUGACGUACUAGGGAGAGGCUAUCUUCUGGAGUUGAGUACAAGCACAGAAACAUCUUCACGGUGGCAUCAUCUCAUUUUUUAGGAAGGCAUAACAAGACUGCCCAUCAUACUCAUGCAUCACUACUGCUCUCUCUUUCUCUGCUUCCUUCACCAGGAUGAACUCGGAACAACCAAGCAAGCUCUGACUACAAUGCCAAAUGGCUUUGUCCAAGGGCUUGGUGGUGUUCCCAUGUCGGCGGGGGUGGGGCCCUUCCAGCAGGACGACUGGCGUUUUGGCUGGAAGGUCAAAUAAUAAUGCAUUCCACCCGGCAGCUCCAGGUAGUCAGUCAAUAGGUCGCCUGGCCCAGAGACACCCUUGUCAGUACCCGAAGCUCCACACUUGCUGGGACACCUCCUCCUGGGGGCUGGAGCUGGUAAGUUCUCCCACUGGCCGAUUCAAGCCCCAUGUAGUCUAUAGAAAAAAGCUGGUGUGUUCCUUGAGUAUUCAUUGUUUCACUUUAGUUUUCACAAGAUUUUGGAAGUGGACACACUGUUACAUUUCUGCUGGUCCUUUCUAAUCUUUCCAGGUC